GCCCUCACAAUUAGAAUCUCAAUUCUCAGCUUCUUGUUGCCAAAAUGAUCACUUUCAGUACUUUGUUACAGCACCAAUUUCUGUUCAAGGAGUAAUCAAAUUGCAAUGGAAUACAUAUAUGGUCAACAGCUGUUUACAUAAAAGAGAAAGAGAUAGGUGUGACAUGAAAAUUUGUUCUGGGAAUUUGAUUCUAUACCCACUUUCAUCAGAACAAACGAGUUCAAUUCAUGCACCUCUCUCUACCUUCAUCUCACAACUCCUUAAAUACACCCACCACCACAUUCCAUAUUGCAGGGUGUCAAUACUCAACUAGCUAGAGUGUAUUUUUUCGAAAAACCAUUCUAAUUCUCUUGAAUUUUCACUCUCCCUAAAAACUUGUGUUGGAUUUGCUCGAAUGGCUUCGAAGAGAAUAUUGAAGGAGCUCAGGGAUCUGCAGAGAGAUCCACCAACUUCAUGUAGUGCAGGUCCUGUGGCUGAGGAUAUGUUUCACUGGCAAGCAACAAUCAUUGGUCCAAAUGAUAGUCCUUAUUCAGGUGGUGUAUUUGUUGUGACUAUCCAUUUUCCACCUGAUUAUCCCUUCAAACCUCCAAAGGUUGCCUUCAGGACCAAAGUGUUCCAUCCAAAUAUAAACAGCAAUGGUAACAUCUGCUUGGACAUUCUCAAGGAGCAAUGGAGUCCAGCACUCACCAUAUCCAAGGUUUUGUUAUCUAUAUGUUCACUGCUGACAGAUCCGAACCCUGAUGACCCCCUUGUUCCCGAGAUUGCUCAUAUGUGCAAGUGUGACAAAGUCAAAUAUGAGUCAACGGCUCGGAGCUGGACUCAUAAGUAUGCCAUGGGAUGAACUGAUGAAGUGACAAACCCUAAGCCUAGUUCAGCUGUAUUAUAUUCUCAGUUACCGUUACUAUUUAUGGGUUAUUAUUAUUACAUCCAGCUAGCUUCUCUAUUUCUUGUUGCAUGUUUGCCUCCAAUUUGUAAAUUGAGCUCUCUCUGUUCGAAAUAAAUGGCUGGAAACUCUUUUUGG